AUGCGAACCGUAGAGCCUCUUCCCCUAAAAUUACGUUCUCAGCCUUUAUCACCCUCCAUGACGUCAUCCCCUCCUAUGACGCCCUUGUCGAGCACGAAUGCUUCUCCUACCAGUAACCCUACGCAUCAAUCACCACCUGAAGAAACUUAUCCUACUAAUACGAAUGAUGACAUUCCAGUUACACAUGUACCGCCGCAGACUACACAAGUUAACCCGGUUAAUCCGGUAACAAGAAAUAUCGCUCCGUUAGGCGGAAUGCCUUAUAAUAAUAUCAAUAACAAUAUUGUACCAUUCAUGUACAAACGCUCUAAUAACGCGUAUAGUGUUCCAUAUAACAUUCAUAAAAGGAGAAUGAUUCCGAAUUUCGGAAUGUUGUAUCAUAAUCCUCAUUUAUAUAGGCGUAGUAGUCCUUUGAUUCCUAUUAUCGGUAGUGAAUAUCAUGCUCAAAAAACCCGGAGAUUGAUCGCAAAACCUGGUAAAAAAAAAAUUGAACCAAAACCAUUAGCAUUCGAAGAAGAUACAUUGGAUCUAGAAAAUGCUGACCUAUUUCCGAUCAUCGAAACUCAAUCUGUAUCACAGACAACCAAUCUACCUCCCGGAAUAACACAAACAUUUCAUGAAAUAUAUACUCAUAUUAAUGAACGUACUCAACUUUCAACUCAAUCUUAUGAAUUGCCACGUCAUACUCGUCUUAACAAUUUAAUAUAUCACACGACGACUCGUGCAGAGGCUGAAUUACUCUGUGGGCUCGUCGCUCAAUGGCGUCGAAAGUUAUUACCAAUAACUUCAAUAAUUUCAAGAUUUUUGAUAAAGAAAUUAUGUGAAAUUGAUGCUCAUCAUUUAGUAUUUAAUAUGUUAGCUGAUAGAACAAAGUAUGCUCUAAAACCAAAUGUUGAGAUGUUUAGAUGGAUUAUGCUGGCUUAUGCGAAUGAGGUGACCAAACUUGUUGAAGAUACCACACGAAUUAUUAAAAGUGAAGAUAAAAGUGAAGAUAAAAAUGAAGGCAAAAGUGAUACUGAAUUGGUAUUAGAUGAUUUAUACAGAACUUUUGGCUUAAUGCCGUAUUAUGACGUGCCACAGUUCGACGUACAUCUUUACACAAUUAUGUUAUCAACAUCUAUAAAAUUAGAGUCAUGGCAAUUAGUUGAUGAAGUUGCUAAAGAACUUAUAGAUCAUUUAGAUGAACCUCACAAUCGAGGAAAAGAAAUAUUUGGAGUGUAUAAUGAUAUUGAAAAAUAUAGUGAUGAGAUAAGGAUAUCAUGGUUAACAUCAAGUUUAGAUGUAUUCAUUAUAUUAGAAAAGUGGUAUGGAGAAAAUAAUAAUUUGAUAUACGUGGAAAAGUUUAAGAAUUUACAGGAACAAUGGAAAAAUGAAAUAAAAAAAGUACAAGAAACAUCUUUUUAA